AUGAUGUUACCAAGCCCGGUCACCUCCACCCCUUUCUCAGUCAAAGACAUUUUGAAUCUGGAGCAGCAGCAGCAUUUCCACGGAGCUCACUUGCAGGCGGAGCUGGAGCAGCACUUCCACUCGGCUCCCUGCAUGCUGGCUGCGACUGACGGGACACAGUUUUCUGAUGCAGGGGAGGAGGACGAGGAAGAAGAGGGAGAGAAACUGUCCUAUUUGAACUCACUAGCUGCUGCCGAGGGCCACGGAGAUUCAGGUCUCUGUCCACAAAGUUAUGUCCAUACAGUCCUUCGAGACUCUUGCAGCAGGCCCAAGGAACAAGAAGAGGAGGUUGUGAGAGAACGGAGCCAAAAAAGCUGCCAGCUGAAGAAGUCUCUAGAAGCGACGGCAGACUGUAAGGCGAACGAGGACGGCGAGAGACCGAAGCCGCGCAGCCGCCGGAAGCCGCGGGUGCUCUUCUCGCAAGCUCAGGUCUUCGAGCUGGAGCGCAGGUUCAAGCAGCAGCGGUACCUGUCGGCUCCCGAGCGCGAGCACCUCGCCAGCAGUCUGAAGCUCACGUCCACGCAGGUGAAAAUCUGGUUCCAGAAUCGCAGGUACAAGUGCAAGAGACAGCGGCAGGACAAGUCCCUGGAGCUGGGGACGCACGCGCCGCCGCCGCCACCUCGCCGCGUGGCAGUGCCGGUGCUGGUGCGGGACGGCAAGCCGUGCGUCACGCCCAGCGCGCAGGCCUAUGGCUCGCCCUACAGCGUGGGCGCCGGCGCCUAUUCCUACAACAGCUUCCCCGCCUACGGCUACGGGAACUCGGCCGCCGCCGCAGCAGCAGCGGCUGCAGCAGCAGCCGCGGCCGCGGCCUACAGCGGCAGCUACGGCUGCGCCUACCCGACAGGCGGUGGCGGCGGCGGGGCCUCGGCAGCGACCACCGCCAUGCAGCCCGCCUGCAGCGCUACGGGAGGCGGAUCCUUUGUGAACGUGAGCAACCUGGGAGGCUUUGGCAGUGGUGGCGGCGCUCAACCCUUGCACCAGGGCGCCGCAGCCGGGCCGGCGUGCGCACAGGGGACCUUGCAGGGCAUCAGGGCUUGGUAA